AAUUUAGAAUCUUUUGAUAAAAGCCAAAAACACCUGAAACACUCUUCUUCGUCUUCUACUUCGUCCCCCAUCCCCAAUUUCCAAUAAUUAGGGUUUCAAUUCCGAUAAUCUCUGAUUCCUUUCUUGCCAAUUCAAUCAGCAUCUACCUUUACCUCGUCAUCCUCGAAAAGUAUAACAUUGAAAAUUGAAUUAUUCCCCCCAACAAAAGAAUUAAUUGACGAAGGAAAAAGGAAGAAGAGAAGGAUAUGGCGGAUGUGUUGCUUUGGCUACUGUUCUUCUUCACACUUAUUGCUAUUCUCAUUAUCAUCGUUUUCCAGCUCAUGUGUUUGGCGGAUCUUGAGUUCGAUUACAUUAAUCCUUACGACACGGCAUCUCGAAUAAACAAUACGGUGUUACCAGAAUUCAUCACGCAAGGAGUUCUAUGUCUCCUCUUCCUUGUAACGGGGCAUUGGGUUAUGUCGCUGUUCUGCGCUCCGUACCUCUACUACAAUGUGCGAUUGUACCUUCGACGAGAGCACCUAAUGGAUGUAACGGAGAUAUUUAAUAUGCUCAAUUGGGAAAAGAAGCAAAGACUUUUCAAACUUGGUUAUACCAUACUUCUUAUCUUCAUGUGCUUGUUCUGGAUGAUUUACAAAGCACUCGAAGAAGACGAGCAUUCGUUGUAGCUUUCUGCUCGUAAUUGGGCCAGCUGUGGUUGUCGUAAUUUACAUCUCAAAUGGUUAAGUAUUCAAAGUAGGCUCCUAUAAUCUGCAGGUUUGAUUCUUAACCUGUAAUCAAUACUGUACGAGUUUUUCUAAAUUAUUAUUAUUUUUUAUUUAUUUUUAAUGAAAUAAAUUAUGUUAG